AUGGCAUCCCUGUCCAACGUACAUGUCUCCCAGCACCCCAGCGUCCUGGCCAAGUUAAGCCAACUUCGGUCCAAGUCCGCGUCGUCCAAGGACGUCAAGGCUCUCAUCCACGAGAUCUCGCUCAUAAUUUCCACCGAGGCUUUGACAAAGGCCAUCACUCCUACCGAUGGACCAAAGGACGUCUCACCGCUAGGCUUCGAAUACACCACAACCACGAUCCAGCCUAACACGAUAUCCAUCGUCCCCAUUCUACGGUCGGGUUUAAGCAUGGUGGAAGCCGUCCAGACCAUCCUCCCAGCUCCGGUGCCGGUCCACCACCUGGGCAUGUACCGCGAGCAGACGACCCUCGACCCCGUCGAAUACUACAACAACCUCCCGCACCACAUCGCGUCGUCCUCGGACGGCGGCAACGCCUCCAGCCUCGCCAUCAUUGUGGAUCCCGUCAUCGCGACCGGUGGGACCUGCGCCGCCGCCAUCAGCACCCUCCGCGAGUGGGGCGCCAAACGAGUCCUGGUCCUCUGCGUCCUGGGGGCCGAGGAGGGUGUGAGGAAGGCCGCCGAGGAGUGGCCCGAGGGUACGGAGAUCUGGCUCGCCGCUGUGGACCAGCAGCUGACCAAGGAGGGCAUGCUGAAACCGGGUCUCGGUGAUGUUGGUGACAGGUUAUUCUUGACCAUUGGCAAGUAG